CUCCAAAAUAAUCAUACGCGAAAUUGUGGAAUGUGUAAUAAAGUUUAUUUGCUGUCAUUGCUGUGUCUAAAUCUCAGUAAUCUAUUUCAACCGGCAUGGAGUCGUUCUGUCUCUGUCUCGCUGAACAUGUCGAUGACUCGCAACGAAGUCGAGGAUCGAAAUCAGACGACGACAGCAUCGCCGAAGAUCACCCGAGAGCUGCUGCAAUCGUGCAUGAGGGAGACGGAAAUAUCGAUGUCGCAGCUGAAACUUUUUCGACUCAGUCUGCUCUUCAAUGAGAACUCCAAUAAUGACCCUGAGCUGGACAUGGCCACUGGCAAUGUUGACGAUAAUCUGAAGAACGACAACAAUGUGGCAGACAUCGACUAUGAUAGCACAGUCCAACUUCCUAGCCUCGAUCUCAAACGGAAUGAGCCUCUCCAUUGCUUUGUCCGCUGUCUCUACGAUGGCUUGGGCCUCAUACACUACGAAAUGGUAUUCGAGGAGGCAUUCAAAAUGGAGGUGCAGAGUCUGCUGCAACGACAGAAGCCCGACCUGACCGAGUGCCAGGAUAUCAGGAGCACUAAUCGCUGUGAGGCUGCCUACAAGCUGCGUCUUUGCUACAAUCAUCUAAAGAAUUUGGAGGCUGAGCAGCGGCUGCGAGAGGUUCUUGAACGCAGUGAAACUAGCAGUGACACACUUCCCGAUAAUGAGGAGCUCGAUGCGAAUGAAAAAGACGAAAAGACGAACGAGGUCAUCAAUGGCAUACAAGAAACUGCGGCAGCUUAG